UUGUGGUGUCAAUCACAGCGCGUCAAGGCGCUUCCGCUAGCACUUUGGGUUGCUUCAGCGUAUGAUAUCGUAUCUUACUGUUUCAUGGUGUAGAACUGGCGUGUAGCACAAUGGUGUAUGGAUCAUAGCCUUUUUCUUUUUUUUAAACAAGAUUUUUUUUGUAUCCAAGCAAAGAAAAUUUAAAUUUUUAAAAAAAACCUACCGUUUAGUGGAUCUGCAAGGGAUUCUCUUUUAGUUUUUAUAAGAGGGGGAGAAAAACCCGGUCAAAAUGUCAACGGGUAAGGAAAUCGGGGGAGCCCAGCAUGCUCAAUACGUGGGACCAUAUCGACUGGAAAAAACCCUUGGAAAGGGACAGACAGGAUUGGUGAAGCUUGGAGUCCACUGUGUAACAUGUCAAAAGGUCGCAAUAAAGAUUGUCAACAGGGAGAAGCUCAGUGAGUCGGUGCUAAUGAAGGUAGAACGGGAGAUAGCUAUCCUGAAGUUAAUAGAACAUCCACAUGUUUUAAAGCUACACGACGUCUAUGAAAAUAAAAAAUAUUUGUACUUGGUGUUAGAACAUGUUUCUGGGGGAGAACUCUUUGAUUAUCUCGUGAAAAAAGGACGACUGACACCAAAGGAGGCCCGAAAGUUCUUCCGACAAAUAAUAUCUGCAUUAGAUUUCUGCCAUAGCCAUUCAAUAUGCCACAGGGACUUGAAGCCAGAAAAUUUAUUGUUGGAUGAAAAGAAUAACAUCAGAAUAGCAGACUUUGGAAUGGCUUCACUGCAGGUUGGCGACAGCUUAUUAGAAACUAGCUGUGGCUCACCUCAUUACGCCUGUCCUGAAGUCAUCAGGGGAGAAAAGUAUGAUGGUCGGAAAGCAGAUGUCUGGAGCUGUGGUGUCAUCCUUUUUGCACUGUUGGUGGGAGCACUGCCAUUUGAUGAUGAUAAUCUGAGACAGUUAUUGGAAAAAGUAAAGCGUGGAGUGUUUCACAUGCCACAUUUUAUACCGCCGGACUGCCAAAAUCUCUUAAAGGGAAUGAUCGAGGUGGAUGCUUCAAAACGCUUGACACUAGACCAGAUUCAGAAACAUUCUUGGUAUAUCGGGGGUAAAAAUGAACCCGAACCAGAGCAACCUGUUCCAAGAAAGGUACAGAUACGUUCACUUCCGUCACUGGAGGAUAUAGAUCCGGAUGUCCUGGACAGCAUGCACUCAUUAGGUUGCUUUAGAGAUAAGAACAAGCUCAUGCAAGAUUUGGUAUCAGAAGAAGAAAAUCAGGAAAAAAUGAUCUAUUUUCUUCUUCUUGAUCGGAAAGAGCGGUAUCCAAGCCAUGAAGAUGAAGAUUUGCCUCCUCAAAAUGAUACAGAUCCACCUAGAAAAAGAGUAGACUCACCAAUGUUAAAUCGACAUGGCAAGCGACGACCUGAAAGGAAAUCGAUGGAGGUACUGAGCGUUACUGACGGAGGCUCCCCGGUUCCAGCUCGACGCGCUAUUGAAAUGGCACAGCAUGGCCAGAGUAAAAGUAUGUUCAGUAAAAGCUUGGAUAUCACAGAUGCCAAUCCCAGAAUCAACAAAGAAGAAAGAUCCAGGUCAAUAAGUGGAGCAUCUUCUGGCCUUUCCACUAGCCCUCUCAGCAGUCCAAGGCCUAUCAGAAAGCUUUUUGUUCCUCCCCAGAGUCCUGAUCUUACCCCCUUUACCAAAGCACAUGCUUCCAUAGUUCCUCUCGGUAAUAGAAAUGCAACAAAGCCCAUUAAUGUGCUUCAACCAAAAUUAGGGUUUCAACCCAAUCCAAAGACACAGACUCUUCCUGCUAAAAGUAAGCUCGCAGACAAACCUUUGCAAACAGUUAAAUCUAACCCACUUCCUGUUGUAACAUCAGAAGCACCUGCUCCUCAGAAAACUUCGGUUCAAAACGUUCAGAGUCAGCAAUGUGCAACCACAUCACCUACCCAAUUGUUUAUUCCUUCAGUCCAGAUUACCCCCCUUUCUCUUGUCAGAUUGAUCCCUGGUACUGAUCCAAGCACCAAAUCUAUCCCCAUAAUACAGGUGACCCCUCACCCUUCCCCUCGCGGAAGUCCCCUCCCCACCCCAAAGGGUACACCAGUUCACACUCCCAAGGAGAGUCCGGCGAGUACUCCGAACCCAACACCACCAUCCAGCCCCAGUAUUGGAGGGAUGCCUUGGAGAACGCGGCUGAACUCGAUCAAAAACAGUUUCCUUGGAUCACCUCGAUUUCAUCGCAGGAAAUUACAAGUACCUACACCAGAGGAGAUGUCAAGCCUAACUCCAGAGUCUUCCCCAGACUUUGCUAUGGUUGCAGAGGAGGGCUUUUUAACAUAUGAAAGCUUAGAUCAGACAAUUGGUUGUUCUGGUUUUGAGAUCCCUAGCCUAAGUCACAGUGUCAUGUCUCAGACAAGUUUCCGAGCUGAGUACAAAUCCACUGGGGGUCCAGCUGUGUUCCAGAAGCCAGUUAAAUUCCAGGUGGACAUCACUUACACAGAAGGCAAUGAGGCACGGAAGGAGAAUGGGAUUUAUUCAGUCACCUUCACACUGCUGUCAGGUCCAAGCCGUCGGUUCAAAAGAGUGGUUGAAACAAUUCAGGUCCAGUUGUUAAGCACACACGACCAGCCUUCCGUGCAACAGUUGUCUGCACCUUCUCACUGUAUGCAGCUGCUGACUGGCAGACUUUCAAAAUGUGGCAGCCCAUUGAGUAACUUCUUUGACGUAAUUAAACAACUUUUUUCAGACGAGAAGAAUAAUGGGCAAGUAGCUCAUCCAUCAGCUACGCCAACCAAACAUGGCACAAACAGCAAGCAGAGUGAUCCUGAUGCUAUUGACUAUGGUUCUAGAGGACACUCUAAAUUUCCAGCUGGGAAAGAGAAGGCAAAGAUGGUGCCAAGUAUUGGGACACAGGACCAACCUUAAAUCCAUUUAGAACUAGUCCCGUGUUCUGAAAGGAAGUAAAUAACAGACUGCUUCGGUACAAUGUCCAUAGACAGAUUUUGUAUGGCGGAAUGAUUGUGUAUAACUGAGGAUUAGCACGUGCAACCCCUCUCUACAACAUUUUGUUUCCCUGUUUUUGCUGCUCUCCUUUUUAUGAUGACCUGAUUUAUUUCC